CGCACCUAGAAAUCAUCACUAAUAACAAUUCCACGAACACCAACCAUAUAUAUUCCUAGCUUUCCUAUUUCCAGCUCCAACUAAUUCUGAUUAACUCAAAACAAAUUUCUCUCCAACAAAAUUCCCGAAACAUUCCCCAGACCCGUCACCCAUCCCCUCUCUCCACCUGCCCAGCCAGGGCCAGCGUGGCCCCGGCCGCCAGGGCCUGGCGCCGCGCGCGCCGGCCCUAAACUUCCAAAGCCAGGCCCCACCCACCCCAGCGCACCCGGCCCAACCCGCCCCAGCCUUUUUCCCCGUCCCCUGGCCAUGACCCACGCGUUCGCCGGGCCCUCCACGGACCUCGACUACUGCCUCGAGCAGCUCCUCGAGCGGCGGCCGCCGCGCCUCCUCCCCGAGGAAACCGUGCACGCGCUCUGCCAGCAGCUCAAGAGCCAGCUCUUGGGCGCCCCCAACAUCCUCCUGCUCCGGCUGCCGUGCACCGUGGUGGGCGACAUCCACGGGCAGUACCACGACCUCCUCGAGGUGUUCCGCAUCGGCGGCGCGCCGCCCAGCACCAACUUCGUGUUCUUGGGCGACUACGUGGACCGCGGCUACUACUCCGUGGAGACCAUGACGCUCUUGGUGGCGCUCAAGCUCCGGUACCCCGAGCGGUCGCGCACCAUCACCACCAACUACGGCUUCUACACGGAGAUCCUCCACAAGUACGGCGGCUCGCUCAAGGUGUGGCACCACUUCACGGAGCUCUUCGACUUCCUCCCGCUCGGCGCCACCAUCGACGGGCGGAUCUUCGCCACGCACGGCGGGCUCCUGCCGCUGUGCCAGCAGCUCGACCAGAUCCGCGUCGUGGACCGCUUCAAGGAGAUCCCGCACGACGGCAUCAUGGCCGACUUGGUGUGGCUGGACCCGGACCCGGACAUCGCGGACUUCCAGCUCCUGCCGCGCGGCGCGGGCUACUUGUUUGGCCGCGAGGUCGUCACCAAGUUCUGCCACGACAACGGCUUGGUGCAGCUCGUGCGCGCGCACCAGCUCUGCCACGAGGGCUUCAUCAGCUACUGGCAGGGCAAGUGCCUCACCAUCUGGUCCGCGCCCAACUACUGCUACCGCUGCGGCAACCUGGCCAGCGUACUUGAGAUCAGCCACUCCAGCUACGAGAGCCGCGCUGCCGGCCUGGGCCCGGGCCCGGCCUUUCUCCCGGGGCAGUUCUGCAACGUGUUCGACGCGUCGCCGGAGAACGCCCAGGACACCCUGGAGGGCCGCGGCGUCAACGGCGUGCAGGCCCCGGCCGGCCCGGACGACGUGUUCCGCGCCUACUUCGACGGCCGUUCCCGCGCCCGCCAGGUCGAGUACUUCUUGUAG